UAAGGAAUAAAGUAGAUGGUAGUCUUGUUGAUAGUAGUUGAGUUUUUGGUACUGUUACUUAAAGAUGGCUCUAAAUAAAACUGCCAAUGAAAUAUGUAGUUUGUGUUCGAAAAAAUUUUUGGGAAUUCUAAAUGGUAUAUCGAAAAGAAACAGUCAUUUUAUUUAUAAACCCGACACAAAUCUACCAAUUCAAGGUAAAACGGAGAAAUUGAAUAUGUUCCAAGCAAUCAACAAUGCUCUGGAUAUAACCUUAAAAACAGAUAAAACAGCCAUGAUCUUCGGGGAAGAUGUAGGUUUUGGAGGAGUAUUCCGUUGUACUGUGGGGCUGAGGGAUAAGUACGGCAAGGAAAGGAUCUUCAACACACCUCUUAGCGAACAAGGAAUAGCUGGAUUUGCGAUAGGUGUAGCUAAUAUGGGAUCGACCGCCAUAGCCGAGAUGCAGUUUGCAGAUUAUAUAUUUCCAGCUUUCGACCAGAUAGUGAAUGAAGCAGCGAAGAUGAGAUACCGUAGUGCGGGGCAAUACGACUGUGGUAAAUUGACAAUAAGAGCACCAACUAUGGCUGUUGGUCAUGGAGCCCUUUACCAUUCCCAGAGUCCAGAAUCUUACUUUGCACAUACUCCGGGAUUGAAGGUUGUCAUUCCCAGUACUGCAGUAAAAGCCAAAGGUCUUCUGUUGAGCUGUAUCCGAGAUCCAAAUCCUUGUAUAUUUUUCGAACCGAAAAUUCUCUACCGUUCUGCAUCUGAACAAGUACCUCUGGAUGACUAUGAAUUGCCUUUAGGAAAAGCAGACGUCUUAACUGAAGGAACUGAUAUUACGCUGAUUGGUUGGGGUACACAAGUACAUGUACUGUUGGAGGUAGCGAAGUUGGCUCAGGAGAAAUUCAAGGUCUCCUGCGAGGUGAUAGAUCUUGUAUCUAUUUUGCCAUGGGAUAGCGAAACUAUUUUCAAGUCCGCCAAGAAAACUAAGAGGGUCAUUAUAGCUCACGAAGCACCCCUAACUUGUGGAUUUGGAGCUGAACUGGCAACUUCCAUACAGGAAGAAUGUUUUCUGAACCUUGAAGCCCCUGUUACACGAGUUACAGGUUUUGAUACACCUUUUCCUCACAUUUUUGAGCCGUUUUACUUACCGAAUAAAUGGAGAUGUCUAGAUGCUAUUGAAAAAAUAAUGAAUUAUUGAUUGUGGGAGUUUCAGGUGUUAACAAUUUCAAAUAAACUGUCUUAUAAUGUA